AAAAAACUCCAAAGUCGCCGCCCCCCUACGUCAUCACUGCGCGUCCACACAACACACCGCCUCUCUCAGGUCUCACACCCUGAACAUCAAACUGAGCCUCCUCUCUAACAAGAACAAGACAUCUCGCGUGUAACCUGCACUGAAGGGGCCAAGCCAUGCUGGCAAAAACAGAAGAAAGGAAGCCACAGAAAGGCGGAGGCAAGAAGAGGAGACACCUUGGUGGAGAUGGAGAUGGAGAUGGAGGAGAGAGGAAGCGGAGGGGAGGUGAAGAAGGAGAAAAAGGUCAGGGAGACGGCGGCAGGAAGUGUCUGGACGCCCUGAGUGUGGGCUAUUUCCGCCGAGUUGGAGAAAGACUAAGUGAAGGCUUUGAAGAUAACGAGGAGAGAGAGAUGUUUGUUGAAAACGUCCUCACAGAAGUGAAAGGUAAAGCGAUUCUGGUGGCAAUGGACCGGACAGGAAGCAUCACUCUGCAGCGGCUGCUCCCGCUGUCCAGUCCUGACCAGGUGGGAGAGCUACUGGCUGAACUGGGAGGAGAAUCUGGGUCUGAGUUUAAGGCGGUUUCUUGUGACCGGUGCGGCGGUCACGUAGUGGAGAGUGCAGUCCGACAGAUCUCCAGAUUGACGGAGAAGGAGCCGUCUACCACAGAAGAAGAAGAAGAAGAGGAGGUGUGUGGCGCGCUGGAGGCCCAGGUGUUGUCUUUAAGUCAGGUGGUGAGAGACAACGGCGCAGAGUUCAUCAAACAUGUUCACGGCUCAUACGUGGUCCGCACACUUUUACACGUGCUGGCAGGCUGUCUUGGACCCCCACGCACUGAGGCCCGUCCAGGUGCAAAAGAACGUAACAUUGUUCCCCAGCUGACCGACUUUGACAUUCCCACAUCAUUUUGGUACGAGCUCAAAAGCCUCACCGAGACCUUGAUGGACAACGUUAAUCUGAGUGUGACGGAUGCUGUUGCCAGUGCAGUGUUCCAGACCAUGCUCAGUGUGUGUCACAGAAAACGGCCCAAACUCUGCAAACAGCUCCUCAAACGCAUCACGGAAUACUUGACGACUCGCAGCGCCGCUCCAGGAGUCAGUCCGCUGCUGGUCUUUCUCAAGGACCAGGCCUCCAGCCGCCUCAUUGAGACAAUCAUCCAGCUGUCCCACAAGUCCCUUCUUAGUGACCUCUACAAGAAUCACCUCAAGGGUCAGCUGGUCGACUUGGCCCUCCACCCCAUCGCCAACUUCCCCAUACAGAGGCUAACUGCAGCCUCGGCCAAAUACAAGCUGUUCCAGAGGUUGUUUGACGAGCUGAUCCAAGGCGUGGAGGCCAUCCUGGCUUCAGGUCACAUGGGCGUGAUCGUCCAACUGGCAGAGAGCUGUGCAGAAAGCGGAGAGAAACAGGAGGAGUUGAUGCAGUGCCUCCUCAAUGCGUUUCACUGUGCUGAGCCCGGCUCUCGGCACGUCAACUGCCUCCCUCUCUUCAUGUCCCUGCUCACCUACGAGGUGUAUUACCACUCUGACACAGCAGAGGGCGGCACACAGACGGAGGUCCCGCUGACCUCGAUCUGUUACAACGGCUCCCGGCUGGUCCAGGCGCUCGCCAAGUUCAAAGAGCGCUCGCUCCUCCUCAGCAGCCUGCGGACCCUGACCCCUGCCGACCUCCUGACGCUGGCUUCAGAUCCUGCAGGCAGCCACGUCCUUCAGGCCCUCAUCACCACAUCCAGUGACAAGGGAAGAGGCAAGAUCCUUAAGAGGCUGGAGGGUCAGUAUGUUCAAAUGGCCUGCUCCAGGUUGGGUAGUCGAGUGCUGGAAGCCAUUUGGAACAGUGCUUCGGUCAAUCACAGACAAAGCAUCGCACAGGAGCUAGUGGGGAGUGAAAGUCAGCUGAGGUCAGAUCAGUUUGCGCGCCACGUGUGGGCCAAAUUUGCUCUCUCCCACUUCAUCCACAGAAGAUCCCACUGGCAGGAAAUCCAGACCGGCGAGUCUAAGAAGAGGAAGCUCUUCAGUGACAUCCUUGAAUAAAAAUAGAUAUUUAAUUAAUCUGUUAGUGUGUUUGGAUAAAAAAAAACAAAAAUAAAGAACAAA